AUGAUGCCUGGCGACUUUAAUGAUAUAAAGCCCGCUAAUCCUCCGAAUGCAUUCAAGUGCUUCCAUCUAUACCUCCUGGACUACACAAACAAGCACCAGCCGCAAUACUUACAGGGCUCCAAUUCACACGCAGGCUUUUUGCUUUCAAAAACUUCUAUCGGCCUCUAUUCAAAUCCCAUGAGCUCAUCAUACGCAAGGCAGCAGCCUCGGCAAACAGACCUCACGAUGCCCGAUGAAAAUGAACCCAGCCCUGCUCGGCUUGAAGACGUAACCAUUCCAAGUCCUGCACGGAUGGGAUGCAGCACUAGCCCCGAUCCGAAGGCGCUGAGCAGUGGCAGGGACCCGGUAACGCCCUCACCAACGAGGGCAGCACUGGAUUCCGACGCAAUCCGGCCAGCCGCAGACCUGCCUACAGUGUCCUCGGCCAGGAUUCAUGCUCAGCCGAUGCUGUUGCCGAGUCCGAUCCCGCUUGGGACCUCUAGAUCACCCUCCAUCACUGUGACCGAUUGGGACGCAUAUUCUCGCCGAAACGCCGCAGCUCGUAUCUUGACAUUGCAGUUAAUCGGUUGUGUGGACAACGAUGACAAAUUGCGUGAUGAAGUUGCCUCCUGGUACCAAGAAUUUCGAUUUCAGAUAUGGUCUCCACUGGCAUCGAUGAUUGGUAUUAACUGGAGACAGGUGGAGCAACUCUGUUGGCAGAUGGGGAAGGAGGAAAUUGUCCGGCGCGCUACGAAGCGGGUGUAG